AUGUCGCCAGGAAAGUCGGGUUCGGAGACGGUGACUACUGCGACUGCGACUGCACAGACGCAGAGGACGAAGACUGGUUGUCAGAAUUGUCGACAGAGACAUCUGAAGUGUGACGAGCGGAGACCUGCCUGUGCCCGCUGCGAGAAGUCUGGCAUCGAGUGCGUCAGAGGAUACAACAUUCGCUUUCGUCAUGGAGCAAAUCCAAGUGUCGCCAAUCUCAAGGACUCUGGCCUGGCGAAGACCGAGUACGACUUUAGCAAUAAGCAAACCUGGGUGAAGAUUGCGAAGAAUCUUACGUUUCUGGAUGAGACGCCGGAGCUUGUCAAUAUUUACGACCAUAAUCCUGACGAGGACAAUCCGUAUCCAACACCUUGCCGAUGGCCGGACAAUGCUCCAUCGAUUCAGCAGCCAUCGAAGCAAAGAAGUCGGAAAGAGAGCACAUCCCAGGCCACGCAAGAGCAGUCUUCGCUUCCAAGCGACUCACCUGCAACGACGAGCCAACAGUUCCCAGUGCUACAACGCCCAGAAGCACCGCAGUACCCAUGGCCAGAGAGCGAGGUCACUUCACAGCCCCAAACCUCGCCCGAGAAACACAGCUAUCCAAGCCAAUCGCCCGCAGACAGCCAUCCAUACUCAGAUAGAAUCCCAUCAGCAACGUCUCCCGCUGGCCAGUCCCUACCGAAACGACGGCGGUUGACUUUCGAGAGUUCGUACCAGAGCUCUGCGACUUCUGGGAGCCCAGGGAAUCUACUUGCUCAGUCACCGGCAGACUCGUGGCAUACGGGGUGGACUCCCUCUGCGACUAUCGACAAUGUGGCAUCGAAUUCGGAGAUUGAUCUUUCUUCUUUCCCGGGGCUGGAGACUACUGUGUCUCAGUCGUUAUCACGAAUUUACUUGGAGACUCCCAUCUGGCCUUUGAAGGACAAAGAAGAAGCCAACCUCCUCCGCUACUUCGUCGAAACCCUCUCCCGCAACUUCGACCUCACCGACCCCCUUCAACACUUCCGCUCCGUCGUGCCCCAAAGAGCCGCAAUCUGCCCGACUCUCAUGAACGCCAUCUUCGCCCUCUCCGCCCGCCACCUCUCCCGCAUCGGCCAAUACGACCCCCUCAUCUCCAACAAAUACCACCAAGAAUGCCUCAAACACCUCAUCCCCAUGCUCGACGACACCGCCGCGAUUCUGGACGAGAACCUCCUCGCGUCCACGAUCAUUCUGCGACAUCUGGAGGAGUUUGAAGUUCCGAUUUCCGGGCAGCAGCCGGCGGAUCAGCAUAGUCAUCUGCUCGGGGCGCAGGCAUUCAUUGCGGCGCAGGAGAGGGCUGCUGUGACGGGCGGGUUGAGACAGGCGGCUUUUUGGGUCGGGUUGAGGCAGGAAGUCUAUGUGGCGUUUGUGAAUCAGAGGCCGGUUCUGCCGGCGUUGGAGCACUGUAAUGUUGAUCGGUCGUUUGAGGCGGCGGAGGAUCAUAUCUGGGCCUGUCGAAUGGUCGUCCUCUGUGCGGAUGUCAUAAGAUACUGUUUCAGCGAGUCGCAGGAUUCUCAAGCCCAGUCGUUGGCGACGUAUCGGUACCUCGUCGAACAGGUCCAGCAAUGGCACGACAGCAAACCGGCAUCUUUCACCCCCAUCUUCCACAGCGACCCAACAGACGCCGAAGUCUUCCCCGAAAUCUGGUACGCCUCCGACACCCACGCCACCGGCAUCCAACACUACCACCUCUCACAAAUCCUCCUAACAUCUCACAACCCCUCGAUCCCGCGCCUAGGUCCCGGCCGCACCGCCGCCCUGCGCAAAACCGACGCCCAGAUCCGGCACCACGUCCGCGUCCUCUGCGGCAUGUCGCUCUCGAACCCGGGCAACGCCCCGGCGUUCACGUAUGCUUCUAUGGCGGCGAGCAUGGCGGGGGAGAGGUUCGUCGAGCGCCGCGAGCAGGAGGCGUUGUUGUAUGUGUUGGAUCAGUGCGAUCAGAUGCAUGCGUGGCCCACUGGGGUGGCGAUUGCGAAUUUGAAGGCUGCGUGGGGGUGGGAGGAGAGGGAGAAUUUUGUGGUUUGA